GAGGGAGAGGUAGAGGGAGCGAUGUUGACCGAUGUGGUCCCAUUGGAUAACACUAGUGCUACUGACACUCACAUUGCUGUAGAGGAGGAAAACUCGAAAGAAACAGAUGACUUGAACCUUGAGAGUGACAAUAAUGACACAUCUGUGGACCCUGAAGAUGUGUUGAUGCAGUGUCUCUCAGAGUAUGAUAGAGGGCAUGAGGAAGCAGAGUGUGUCAAAGAGCGGAGGGAGGAGGAACAGAUUUUAUUUGAAAAGACUGAAACAGCCAAGGAACCUACUGAAUGCCCAGAAGAAGAUGUAGUAGAACCAAACACUGAGGAUUAUGAUCAUGGUAACUCCCCUAGUCAACCAGCUGCAGACACUGACAGUGGACUUGAAGAUGAGGACAGCUCCCCUGGUGUAUAUUUGCAGUGCAAGGUACCCACUGAUGAAGAAGCAGAGGUUCUCUCUCUGGGAGCACACUGCUGUGCACUCCCACCCGUCUGUGAGGAGUAUCCCUACGACGUGAUUGGCCCCUCAGAUGAGCCUGUUUACACAUGUGACACAGGUGAGUCCGGUGACACAGGCGUGUGGCAGCCCGAGCGUGCCACAAAGGACCCCUCUGGGCGUUUCCAUUUCUCUGGCAGCACUGAGGAUAUGUUUGGGCCUUACUCCGUCAUCGAGGCAGUGCCUGCUGACAGGAUGAGCACUGCUGACCCUGAGGUGAAUCAUGAUGAUACAUGCUGUGGUGACAAACCACACACUCCAAAGGAGAUGGACACAGCAGGCACCUCUAACCAAGAGCCUUAUUAUGUGUCUUCGGACGACAUGGCAGAGCUAGAGGAUAAACAGAAACUCUCAGAAGAGUGUGAGGUCCAGGACAGUCCUGAGCAAUCCAGCCAACACAGAGAAACAGCUAAAGAGGAUAUGGAUGAAUACGCAGACAUCGAUGACUCCCUCUGCCCAGAGACCCAUGACUUUCAGCAGCUGGAGGGUGCCUCAUCAGAGGACUAUGUGGAGAUUGGGGACGAUGAUGAGACGGAUGACACUGAGAGGAAACAGAUCAGAGGGAGGAGUGUGAGAGAGAGAACAGCCAAGCGUGAGCAGGCUUUCUCCAGCCAGCGGAACAGCUGCCAGCCCCGUCUCAGGCUGUGUAACAUCACAGUGCCAGCAGACUUGGACCGGACCCGUACCCCAGAGCUCACCAACAGGGUGGUGUUUGCCCACACCACAGAGGCCUUCGAGGAGGACAUUGAGGAGCUGGACGGCCACAUCUUGCCUUAUUACGAGGACUCCAACUCAGACAGUGAGGAGCACAUCUAUGAGGAGGCCGGCUUUGACUCUGAUGGGGAGAACUUUAUCUCUAAGAGCAUUGUGAUGCGGUCACGCUCCUACUCUGGGAAAGUUCCGGGUUAUGUCCCUGAGACGGUUCCUGAGGAGACAUCAGAGUACCAGAGUACUCAUGACUACUGUACUGUGGCGUUAGACCUGAACGGAGAACCUCUGGUACGUCCUGAGCAGCCUGAGAUCAACAGACUUAUCCCCUCUCUGAAGCCACGCCGCUUCCUACUAUACCCACGCUCAUACUCCGUAGAGGGUCGAGAACUGUCAUCGGGCAUUCACACAGAGGCUGACCAAUCGCUGAAGGAGGAUGGCAGGAUGAAAAGGACAGAUGACACCCUCUCUCUGCCAUGUGUUGUCACUUCUUCCGGAAGCUUCUCUCAGCGGAGCCACCAGUCAUCCAGCGGUGUUUCCACGCCAACUUCUCUGGUAGACAUUCCACCUCCCUUUGAAUUGGCUUACAUCACCAAGAGACCGGUCACUAAGAGCUCCCCGUCCCUCCUGAUCAGCGUCUCUCCUGAGUCCACAGACAACAAGCCCAAGAAGAAGAAGUCCUCACUCAAGCGCUUCCUGGCCCUGAAGUUCAAGAGGAAGACAGACACUAAAGGCUUUGGUGACGGGAGCAUCCGCUCCUCGCGCUCCUCCUCUGAGUCCAGCCACCAUGGCCCAAUGAGAAUCCUGGACCUAGAGCGCAGGAGCACUGGCUCCCCACAGCCCCAGUCCCAGUCUCGCAUGGUGAAGCCCCAGCAGCGCCCUCCAGACCUGCCCUCAACCUUCCUGCCCUACAAAGACCGCAGGAAAGGAGACCCUAAAGCCUACGGAAGCAGGGGUGUGUCCAGGGUAGAGUCCUUCGAGGAGCGCUCCCGCCGACCCCUCAUGCCCCUCCCCCUGACCAAACCCCGCUCCAUCUCCUUCCCCAGUGCAGACACAUCAGACUAUGAGAACAUCCCAGCUAUGAGCUCUGACUAUGAGAACAUCCAGAUCCCCCCUGGAAGGAGACCCACCAGAUCCAUGACUGUCACAGAGUUCUUUGAGGACCCCAACCGCAUGGUGGCCCCCUCUAAUGACAACGAUGGCUAUGUGGAUAUGAACAGCUUCCCUGGGAUCGACAGCAAACCCCAGUCACCUGAGCAGGAGCCUGAAAGUGCCUACACCGAGCCUUUCCCAGUGAACCAUACUCCAGCAGGGCUCUCAGCUGAGGAGGACCAUGGAUGUACCUCAGAGGAGGAGGAGGGAGGAGUGGAGCAUGGCUACGACAAACAGAUUGAUGGGCGGUCCAGAGCCUUCUACGUCGCCAAAGAGCUGGUGGAUUCUGAGAGACUACAUGUAAAGGCCCUCAAGCUCCUUCAAGAGGACUUCAGGGCAGCAGUGUUGGAGGCGGUGGGGGAGGAUGGGGAACCUGUGGUGGAGGAACAGAGGCUGGGGGAGAUACUUGGCACGCUCCCUGAGGUCUACAUACUCCACAGCAACAUCCUCACCGAGCUGGAUGCAUGCAUCAGACAGUGGGAGGAGAGCCAGCAGGUGGUGGAUGUUAUCCUGUCUCGUCGGGAGGAGUUUGCUGUGUUUGCUACCUAUAUCUCUGAGUAUGACCGCAGCAUGUCCCUACUGGCAGAGAGCUGCAAACUCAACUCUGCGUUCCAUUACAUCGUCAAGCAGUUUGAGAAGCAGGGCCCAGAAGGAGCUCAGGUCCCACUGAGGCAUCAGCUGCUGCAGGUCAUUGUGAGAGUCCUCCAGUAUCGCAUGCUGCUCACAGAUUACUUAAAUAACCUCUCCCCUGAUUCUAAAGAAUAUGAGGAUACACAAGCUGCCUUAGUAAUUGUGUCAGAGGCGGCAGACCAGGCUAAUGACAAUCUCAAGCAAGGGGAUAAUUUGAUUCGGCUGGUCCACAUUGAGUACAGCGUCAGAGGCAAGCGAGAUCUACUCAAGCCAGGAAGGGUGUUUGUGAAGGAAGGCACCCUAAUGAAAGUGUCGAGGAAAAGCAGACAGCCCAGACACCUGUUUCUGAUGAAUGACGUGAUGCUGUACACCUACCCUCAGCAGGAUGGUAAAUACAGGUUGAAGAACACUCUCUAUCUGUCUGGGAUGAAGGUCAGUAUACCUGUCAUAGACAACGUGCUUAAUGCACUGAGGAUCGAGGUGUCUGACAUCACCAUCACCUUGUCAGCCAGCUCCUGUGGAGAGAGGGAAGACUGGUUCCACACGCUGAGUCGGGCCAUAGCAGACCAUGCUGCAGGCCUUUGUACCUUUGGUGGCCCCUGCAGUGAGGGACGUGAGAAGCUGUGGAUGGCCCUGGGGGAGGCAGCUCCAGUGCUGGUGCCCGUGUCUCAUGUGAUGAUGUGUAUGAGCUGUACCUCUGACUUCAGCUUGACCCUGAGACGCCACCACUGCAACGCCUGUGGGAAGGUUGUGUGUCGUGCCUGCUCCAGGAACAGGUAUCCUCUGAAGUAUCUCAAAGACAGGAUGGCCAAAGUGUGUGACCACUGCUAUGCUGAGCUCAGGAAGAGAGGGGGCAGUAUCUCAGGGGUGUGUGGUAACUCCAGCCCCUUCACCCACCGGGCCAGUCGGCCCCUCUCAGCUGUGUUCCAGAGCCUACAGCCCCCAAGCCUGUGGAGAAGCAGGAAGAUCACCUCCCCUCUCAACCAGGUGGCAUUGGGGGCUGAGGGCUCGGCCAUGAGUGGCAGCCUGCAGCGGCGUAAGAAGAGCAAGAGGAAGUGGAAGAGGCUGUGGUUCAUCCUCAAAGACAAGGUGCUCUACACCUUCACAGCACGUGAGGACAAGGUGGCAUGUGAGAGUCUGCCCCUGCAGGGUUUCACAGUGAAGCUGACAGAGAGGCCAGAGGGAGAGGAGAGCUUCAACGUGUUUCAGCUCUACCACAAGAAGACUCUAUACUACACCUUUAGAGCAGAUGACCAGCACACUGCCCGCAGGUGGGUCAAUGCCAUGGAGGAGGCCACAGUAUUAUAACAUCUGCCUGUCUGCACAGACUGACCCUGCUGUGCAUCACCUACAUACCCACUCUCUCUGUCCUGGUUUAUAGCUGUCCCUCACAAUGCUUGGAUGGAAUAUCUAUGAAUACUUAUUUUCUCUUGAAGGACAUUGAAUAUCAUUCAUAUAAUCCAUCCCUUUAAGACACUGGAUCAAUUCUCACUCCGGAAGAAUACGGCUCUGUGCAAGAGCAUAUUUGACAAGGCUGCCAUCUACAGGCAGAAAGAAGUACAUGCAGACUCUGUGUUGGGCAAACAUCCAAGUGUGAGGUUACUGCUUGGGAAUCUCUAAGGUGAAAACCUCUCAGUUGAGUAUACUGCGUGCCACAACAUGCCACACAUUUUGCUCCUGUGUCUGAAAGCUCAUAGACAAUGUGUUUUUAAAACGUUUUCCAUUGACAGUCUCCAGUGCCAUGUACAUUCACACUGACUUAUUUUUACUUUCUGACACUCUUUGUCUACCAUGGAUUUGUAUGUACAUAGAACAACUUAGUAUGGGUUUUGUUUUGGAUAUCGUAGGCUUUCUGAUGCUGUUAAAACAAUACUAAAUUUGUAUCAACAGCUUAUGUAUUGUAUGAGAACAUGUAAGAUUCAUGUCAUAUUUGGUAUAUAUAGUGUAAUAUUCAAUUCAUAAUUUUUUAAGUGAAAUAUAAUAAUUAUUUGUACAGAAAUGUUAUUACAUGAUGUUUCAAUCGAGAGACAUUUUAAUCAUAUCUUGUCCAAUGUAUUUCCUGUACUCUAUGUAAACAUACUUAUUUUACACCGUAGGUUUACUCCUGUAAUACAAUGACAGAAUGUGAAAUGUUA